AUUAUAUAACGCCACGUAUGGUCUUUUCUUACUACUCACCGUAGCAUUAACAAUAGACGACGGCGACAGACAAACAAAGAAGCUGAAAUGUAAGAAAAAGCAGAGGAGAGCUAGAAGAAUCAAUCACACAGUUUGAUCAACAAUGGCGGAUCAUCAUCAUCAACAACAUCGACCGAAUCGUCUAUCAGUACCAACACCAACAAUGGGAAGAACUUAUCCUUCUUUCCCUUACACUCCAACUCCAACACAUUCAAAAGCCCGUCUCUCUUCUUCCUCCUUCACCUCCAGAUCGAUCCAUAGCAGCAACAACAAUACAAGAUCAUCACUUUCGUUUCUCUUUCUCAUCCUCUUCUCUCUUAGAUCUCUAUACUCUCUCUUACCUUUCCUUCGUUCUUCUCCUUCUUUCUCUCUUUUCCCUUUCUCCUUCCUCGUCUCUCUUCUCUCUUUUCUUUUCUCUCUUUCUUUCUCUUUCUUCUCUCCUUCUCCUUCUUCUAAGAAAGACCCUUUCUUUCUCCGCCAUCAAAAUCGUUCCUUUCUCUCGAUUUCAUCUCUUUCUUCCUCUCAAUUCAAACUCUUACUCGCUAAAUCGUUUCUUCUUGCUUUCGUCUUCCUUCUUCGUUUCCAAGCUCUUCGUUACUGUAGUGCUGCUGCUAUGAUCUUAGCUGAACUCUCCGGUACUGUCUCAGCUAGAGCUUUAUCCUCUGAUAAUGGUGGAAUUGGAACUCGAUCAUCUAAGGUUCGUGGGUUUUGCGUUUUGUUCGCGGGCUUGUUGUUGUUAUCAAUCAGCUGGGAUCGUGUUGAUUGCUUCCCGUUUUCAUCAUCUGUUCAAAGCUGGGGUUUUUGGAUUUACCCUAAAGAGAAUUGCUUGAGGAUUUGGCCUUUGUUGCUUCCUUUUCUAUCUGGGUUCUUGGCUUGUUAUGAGAAAGUUUCAACGAAUUGGGUUGAGAUCAAACAACUAGAUCAGAAACGAGUUCGAUUACUGUCUCUGUUUCUAACCACUCUCUUGUUGUUCCCACUUGCUAUUUGGAGUUUUUUCUUCUCUGUUAGUGGUGAUGAUGGUGUCUCUAUUGGGAAUUUAGGUUGGCCUUUAGCUAAUACUGUUGUAUUUGGAGUGUUGUUGAGUGAGAGUUAUAAUGAUGAUAAGUUUUCGAGCUCGAAGAAGAAGGAUUCAGAAAGAGAGUUUCUUGUUACGUUUCUAUGCACUAUUGUGUUGGAGCUUUUCUAUUUUCCUGAGCUAUCUCUUUGGGGAUUGUUGUUGUGUGGUUUGUUGCUUUAUGUUGCUGUUAGAGAGUUGGACUCUGUGAAUCCAGAGUACCAAGAGAUUGGGAUGGGAUCACCUGAGUCUUUUUCCACUACGUUUAUGAAGCCUAUACGUCACAUUUUGAGCGAGAAGAAAUCGAGGAAGAUUGCGUUGUUUCUUUUGAUCAAUACGGCGUAUAUGGUUGUUGAGUUUGUGGCUGGGUUUAUGAGUAACAGUCUUGGAUUGAUCUCAGACGCUUGUCAUAUGUUGUUUGAUUGUGCUGCUUUGGCUGUUGGGCUGUAUGCAUCUUAUAUCUCCCGUCUUCCUGCAAACCAUCAGUACAACUAUGGCCGAGGUAGAUUUGAAGUGCUUUCUGGUUAUGUUAACGCGGUUUUCCUUGUUCUUGUUGGGGCUUUGAUUGUGCUCGAGUCGAUUGAGAGAAUCUUGGAUCCUCAGGAGAUUUCUACAAAUAGUCUUUUGGUUGUUUCAGUUGGAGGGCUUCUCGUGAAUGUUGUCGGGUUGAUCUUUUUCCACGAGGAACAUCAUCAUGCUCAUGGUGGAUCUGGUUGCGCACAUUCUCACUCACACCAAUCCCCUAGCCAUAAACAUGAGGAGCAUCAUGAGCACGACCAUCAUUCUCAGCAUUCCCAUAGCCAUAAACAUGAGGAGCAUCAUGAGCACGACCAUCAUCCUCAGCAUUCCCAUAGCCAUAAACAUGAGGAGCAUCAUGAGCACGGCCAUCAACGUCAGCAUUCUCAUAGCCAUAAACAUAAAGAACAUCAUGAACAUGUCCAUCAUCAGCAUUCUGAUAGCCAUAAACUUGAGGAACAUCAUGAGCGUGACCAUCAUCAUCAUUCCCAUAGCCAUAAACACGAGGAGUGCAACCACAGUCACGACCAUGAGCAUCAUGCUGAUCACAAACAUGGGAAAGGCGAAAAGACGGAGCAUCGCCACAUUGACCACAACAUGGAAGGAAUCUUUCUUCAUGUUUUGGCAGACACAAUGGGGAGUGUUGGAGUUGUGAUAUCGACACUCUUGAUCAAGUACAAGGGCUGGUUAGUUGCUGAUCCAGCCAGUUCUAUCUUCAUUUCCAUCCUCAUCAUCGCUUCCGUCAUUCCAUUGCUCCGAAACUCUGCAGAGAUUCUACUGCAAAGAGUCCCUAGAGCUCACAGGCAUAACCUGAAAGAAGCUAUGAGGAACAUACUUAAGACUAAAGGUGUUUGCAAUAUUCAGAGGCUGCAUGUAUGGAGUUUCACGAACGCAGAAGUCGUAGCUACUCUCCAUCUCCUUGUAUCAGCGGAUUCAGACAGGACAAAUACUAAAUUACAAAUCUCACGUUUGUUAGAAGAUGCAGGAGUAAAGGAUUUGACGCUACAGGUGGAAUCUGUUAGUUCAUAGCAAUUGACACUGGAGACACGAAUUAAUCGUGCUUUCUGCUGCUGAGCGACGCCGGAGAUGACAACGAGGAUGAUGAAGAAGACUACGGAGACAAAGGCGGAGACAACAGCUCCGCUGGAUUUCUGACAG